AUGGAGUCUUUCGAUGUUGCUGCAUUGUACACGAACGUCUCCAACGACUCGGCUAUGCAGGCAGUUUUUGAGCUUUUAACUGAACACCAGAGCUCUAUAAACAUAUGGUCGGGCAACUAUUUUGCGCAAAUCAGGGGUCUUGCCAUGGGACAACGGUUGGCGCCAACGCUCGCCAUUGCUUUCAUGGCUAAGAUUGAGGCACCGAUUUGGGAAACACGACCUUUGCUAUAUUGCCGAUAUAUCGACGACUGUUUCCUUGGAUGUGGAAUCGAACUGAAUCCGCAGUACAUCAUGACCAACGAUACCUACGUUUUCUACAACGCUUUCAAAGCGGUAUUUCCCUCAAGCCGAGCUGCUCAGAUGCUGUGCUCCUCCCAUAUAAGGCAAGCGUUGCAGAGGAAGCAUAAAGAGCUGCUGAAGGAUUCCGAUGUGCGAACUGGAAAGCGCUUCCUCUCCUCGCUUCUAAUCGAAACGGACGCCAGAGUAUUUGAAAACAAAUAUUCCGCCUUUAUGACAUGGCUGUCAUCGAUAGGAUCGAUGGAGAUGUUGACUCAUGUAGAGAAGAAGUACUCAAGAAGAAAAAGAGAGUGA